AUGAGGACCUUUCUAUCGGACGACUUCAAGUUGCAGGAGGUGACUCGAGAUGACUUGACUAUUGCUAGUCUAUGCUGGGGCUUCACGCUCGGCUUUGGUUUCUUGACAACAUGGAAGGCUUUGAAGCAGUCCUCAGCCAUGUACCAGCGUUAUGGCCUUGGUAGGCUCAGCAAUGCGUAUGUGUGGAUGAUCUGGGCAGAGAUCUUGGUUUGCCUCUCCUUCAGCAUCAUCUGUUGGUUGUACCUCAGAGGAAUCGUUGCUCCAAGUUUUGCGUUCUACUUUAGUGUCUUGACACUAUGGGCUCUACAAGUACAGUUUCUCCUACAGAUUAUCAUCAACCGUGUUGGUGUUCUUAUGCUGGACCGAAAGAGAGCGAAGAAGCUCAAAUACGGCGUUGCCAUACUUAUCACGCUCAUAAACAUCUCGGUCUACUGUAUCUGGAUCCCGGCAAGGCUUCAGAGAUCUCACGCAUACAUCAAGAUCAACGACGUCUGGGACCGCUGCGAGAAAGUCAUCUACCUCAUUGUGGACGCUCUUUUAAAUUGGUACUUUGUCCGAGUUGUCCGCCGGAAUCUCGUCAAGCCUGGCUUGAAGAAAUACGAGAGUCUAGUCAGAUUCAAUCUGUACAUCAUUGGGUUCUCUCUAGCCAUGGACGUUCUCAUCAUCGCAAUGAUGUCUCUUAAGAACUCAUUCGUUUACAUGCAAUUCCAUCCAUUGGCUUACAUUGUGAAGCUCAAUAUUGAGAUGACAAUGUCAGAGCUUAUUUCUAAGGUUGCGAGAGCUCAGAACAAUCCACACGGCGCUGUGAUGCCAAGUACAAGCACUGGAGAUCGAACAGGAGGAAGAUCUCGCAUGACCAGAACGGAAGACAAGACCCUGACCCAAUCAAAGAUUCAUGCUUUCACUGGUCGUGCAGAAGACAUGGAAAUGGGUAUCCUCGAGGACUCAGGUCCACCGCACAACAACCUCCAUACGCAGAUCGAAGCAGACGGUUGCUCGACCGAUGGCUCUGAACGUGACGACGACUCCAUCAACAAGGCUGCUGGUUUCGGAAUCCGAAGAAAGCAAGAGUUCCACGUCCGAGUCGAGCAUGCUACGCCGUCACCAGAUGCCGAUACGGACAGGCGCUUACACGAUGCGAAUAUCGAGUCUUCUGGAGGUGGAGCAGACAAGAAGAAUGCACAAUGGGGAUCGUAUUAG